AUGAGGAACAAAGGAAUAACAACAUUCAAAAGAGGAAGCAAGGUCCUAAGAAAAUGGUGCACCACCUGGGUACUAAAGGAGGAUGAAAGAGAUGCAGUUGAAGCUAAUGGUGAGAAGAAGGAAACUCAAUAUGCAGCAACCAAUCAAAAAGCUCAAAAGCCAAUAGAGAGAGUGGAUACAGAGGAAUUAAGCUCACAAUCUAAAGAGAAGCAGUUAUUAAAAGGGAAAGCGCUAAAAGAAAUUAACGGCCGACCUGUGAAUCAAUUGAUUGAAGCAGCUAUUCCAGUGAGACAUGAACUUGAGAUCCUGCAGUGUGAAGAUGAUGUGAUGACAAAACUCCUACCUACUGAUAUAGUUCUGAAGAAGGAAACACAGAUUAUCCAUUGUUUAGUGGUGAGCAGGAGUCAACAAAUAGAUUGUGAAAUGACAAUAGUGUAUGGAUACAAUACAGUGGAGCAGAGGAGAGAUUUAUGGCAGCAAUUGAACAGCAAAAUGCAUAAAGGAAUUAACUGUAGAGCAGUCACCCUGAUACCAAAGGUAUUCAAUCCUGCUACAAUCAAGGAGUAUAUGCCAAUUUCCUGUUGCACUGUUCUAUACAAGAUAAUAGCAAAGAUUCUUGCAGGCAGAAUAGAGAAGGUGAUCGCAUCCAUUAUCACUGAAACUCAAUCAGGAUUUAUCCCAAGAAGGAAAGUAGCAGAUAAUGUGAUUAUGGCUCAUGAGUUGGAGAAGACAUAUACAAGAAAACAUAUAUCACCCAGAUGGUUACAGGCUAAUCAAUCCAAGAGUGCUAUCUAUUAUGGUGGGAUUUCAGAAGAAAGCAAGCAGGAAAUCCAACAAGCAAUUGGAUAUAGGCAAGGUGAAUUACCAUUUUGUUGGAAGACAGGUUUAGAAGAAGCUAAUGCAGUGGCUGCAAAUCACUUGGGUGGAUAUAAGCACAUGGAACCAGAUGCAACAAUGGAUUGA